AUGGUUACUAUAAUCAGCACCAUGGAAACCCAGGUGUCCAAUGGUCCGAGCGGAACGAGCCUGCCCAACGGCCCGGUGAUCAGCACCAACGGCGCCACAGACGACAGCAAGACCAACCUGAUCGUCAACUACCUGCCCCAAAACAUGACGCAGGAGGAGUUCAAAAGCCUGUUCGGCAGCAUCGGGGAGAUCGAGUCCUGCAAGCUCGUCAGAGACAAGAUCACAGGUCAGAGUUUGGGCUACGGAUUUGUAAACUAUGCAGAUCCCAACGAUGCAGACAAGGCCAUCAACACGCUCAACGGUCUCAAGCUACAGACAAAAACGAUCAAGGUAUCGUAUGCAAGGCCAAGCUCCGCCUCCAUCAGGGAUGCAAACCUGUACGUGAGCGGGCUGCCUAAGACCAUGAGCCAGAAAGACAUGGAGCAGCUCUUCUCCCAGUACGGCCGUAUCAUCACCUCCCGCAUCCUGGUAGACCAAGUCACAGGCAUCUCACGAGGAGUGGGCUUCAUCCGUUUCGACAAGAGGAACGAGGCGGAGGAGGCCAUCAAGGGCCUGAACGGCCAGAAGCCCCUGGGCGCCUCUGAGCCCAUCACCGUCAAGUUCGCCAACAAUCCCAGCCAGAAGACGGGCCAGGCGCUGCUCACCCAGCUCUACCAGACUGCCGCGCGACGCUACACUGGACCUCUGCACCACCAGACCCAGCGCUUCAGACUCGACAAUUUACUAAACGCCACCUACGGAGUCAAGAGGUUCUCCCCCAUCACCAUCGACAGCAUGACCAGCUUGGCGGGCGUGAACCUCACCGGCCCCACCGGUGCCGGCUGGUGCAUCUUCGUCUACAACCUGUCGCCGGAGGCCGACGAGAGCGUGCUGUGGCAGCUGUUCGGGCCGUUCGGCGCCGUCACCAACGUCAAAGUGAUCCGCGACUUCACCACCAACAAGUGCAAGGGCUUCGGCUUCGUCACCAUGACCAACUACGAUGAGGCCGCCAUGGCCAUCGCCAGCCUCAACGGCUACCGCCUGGGCGACCGCGUGCUGCAGGUCUCCUUCAAGACCAGCAAGCAGCACAAGGCCUAA